UGGCAUUUAUAAUGUAGUGCUCAAGUAGGCAAUUUGAUUCUUGGUGUCGUUCUAGCAAGGUUGAAAUUUGUGGUCUGCUAGAAUUUGCCCUGUGAACGAUUCUUUCGGCUUCAUUCAACAUUGCUUGCCACAAUACAACUUCACAAGACGUUCAGCUAUGAAGUUCGCAAAUAUUUUUCACGGGGCAUUUCUUUUCUCUUUAUUCCACCCUCAAUUGCUUGUGCCAUACAAAACGAAGCAUAAGGCCAGCUAAGCUCUGCCACUUUUCUAUCAGAAGCUCUUGCGAUUCUGUGGGAAAGGGAAGUGAUUUAUCGGGCUAUUGGUCCAGAAUACCGACACAGGAACAUCUCGUGAACUGGGAUCGAAUCCCAAAUAAUGGUAUUGAGGAGCUCUGUGGUAACUCUCGGUGCCCGUUUUGAUGUCCAAAGGGUUCGCUUUUCCUAGGCCCCUCCUGUUCCUCCGCGCCUUAGUGCGUGAGCUUCAAGAAAGCUUUGGACUAUGGACGGAGCUGCACAUAUCCGACGAUAAUCAGGUCCAGCUAAGAUGUCUGUGGCUUUUCCUGAGAAGGAUCAACGCAUCAAAGCCGAUUAUGAGGCUUUUCAUUGGAAUUCGUCUCCCUCGGAUCAAAGCUUCAUCCAUACGUUUGACUAUCAAAUGAAAGCGGCCUGUCAAACUUACGAUGAUAUAUCCGAAGCUAUCUAUGCAAGAAUGAUACAAAACAACAGUCAAAUUGAAUUCUAGUAGUAGAGAGAAUUGGAUGUAGCAUAUCGGCUCAUAUGAGAGAGUUGUUUAUCAAGAUGGGGAAAUCCCACCCUCGUUGGAAUCCUGGCAGGGGCAUUGCUUGAUGAGACGAAGCACCAGUCCAGGCAUGCGAGUGUCUAAAUUUACCAACAUCGCAACUGAAACGCAGCACUUGGACCGUUUCAACCCCUCUCCACGCGGCAAUUGCAAUAACUCAAUUGGCUGCAGAUGUUUAAGGCUUUUCAAAUGCCAGUUCAGCCCCAAGCCAUGAGGUAGGGCAAGAGGUUUUGCCUCUUGCGGGAGGAGAAUUGACCUAAGCCGUGUUCCGGAACUGCAAAUCACUGCCGUCACCACCUCUAUGACCUCCAUAUUUCUUUUCACCCUAAUUGAGAUUUGCCGGUCAACUACAUGUUCACUUAAUACCCCCUUUGACUGCUGCGCAGUCUUUUUCUUUUAUUCACCCAUUGUUGCACUGUGUCUGUCAGCUUCUUUCUGCGACACUCCAGUGCUACGAACGUCACUCGUCCCUCAGAAUGGCUUCAACCAUUGCACUCGCAAUUGCCGGGCUUGCUUUCUACUGGAUCUACUCAAAUGUAACUGGUCUGUACAGGAAUAUUGCUGCGGCAAAACGAUCUGGUCUUCCUUACAUAGUGGCUCCUGUCAACAUUUAUAAUACAGCAUGGUUAAUAACUCACAAGAUAUGGGUUCAGGUGUUCUCGUAUCUGCCAAAGGCGUUAUCAAAAAGCUGGCUGCCAUAUGUAAUGCCUGACUGGGUAUGGGAUCUUCAGUUUCAACCAUUCGAAGAGCGAGGCGAUGUAUUUCUGCAAGUUUCCCCAGGCGCCAUUCAAGUUUGGCUCGCGAAUGCCGAAGCAUUACACCAAGUCACUUCGAGGCGCGAAGCCUUCCCCAAACCGCUCGAGUCGUACAGAAUACUGGAAAUUUUUGGCAGAAACAUAAUCUCAACAGAAGGCGCAGAAUGGAAGCAGCACCGGAAGAUUAUGUCUCCAGGAUUCAAUGAGAAGAACAAUGUGUUGGUGUUUGCAGAGGCGUGCAGACAAGCACAAGGAAUGCUGCGGAAGUGGACCGGGCCAGAUGGCUCCGGAAACAUCACACUUGAAGAGGUGCCAACGGACACAAUGCGAUUGACCUUGCAUAUAAUCAGCCGGAUUGGUUUUGGGGUGCGUCUGCUGUGGCCUGGGGAGAAGCCAGACGAAAAGGAGAGCGCGAGAGAUGCGAUUUACAGCAGCAAUGAUCCUCCUGAGGGACACACCAUGAGUUUUGAGCACGCGCUGGAUACGCUAUUGGGAAACCUCAUAUGGGUUCUUCUAACACCUAAAUGGAUACUGAAACGUCUCCCAUUUAAGAGCUCGCAGGACGCUUAUCAGUCAUACAUCAAUUGGAAACAAUAUAUGAGCGAAUUGUUCGCCCAAAAAGUCGAAGAAGCCCGUGAAGGCAAACACAGCGGAGGCUUGGAUAUUAUGGGUAUGCUCGUACGAAGCUCUUACGGUGAAUCGAAAGGUGCCCAGGGCAGGAAGCCAUCACCAGGUCGUGCCGAGAAGGGAGAAGUGGGCAGACCCAUCCUCUCAGACUCGGACAUCUUGGGCAAUGCAUUCGUCAUGAUUGUUGCUGGUCAUGAAACGACUGCAAACUCGAUCCAUUUUUCAUUGAUGGAGCUAGCUAUAAACCCUGGAGCUCAGCGACUUCUGCAGAAGGAAGUGCAGUCGAUAUUUGGCAAUGAACCUCCUGAGACAUGGGACUACGAUUCGAAUAUCAAUACGCUCCUCGGCGGGAUUGUCGGAGCUGUUCUCCAAGAACAACUGCGCAUCAUGCCACCCGUUAUUGCCAUUCCAAAGCAGGUCUCAAAAUCACAGGAUCAGGUCAUCAUUAUGGAUGGCAAGAAAGUGAUCCUGCCUGCAGGUGCUCACGUGGCGCUCAACACAGUCGGUGUCCACAGGAAUCCAAAGUACUGGCCUUCGCAGCCAUCAAAGAUCUCAGGAAGAUUAAACGAUCUAUAUGACUUCAGGCCGGAGAGGUGGCUUGUAAAAACCACCGCGAGUGGCAAGCAGCAAUGGGACAGUGGUUUGGAAUCAUCAUCAGAAGAUGACGAUUUUGGAGGUUUCACAGGCGAAGAUACAUCCGCGCAACUCUUCCGACCUGCUCGAGGUGCAUAUCUACCUUUCUCAGAUGGAGCUCGCUCAUGUUUGGGGCGAAGACUUGCCCAAGUUAAGGUUAUGGGUGUCCUGUCUGUAAUCUUCCAGAAAUACUCAAUUGAGUUGGCGGUAGACGAAUGGGCAAAUGAUGACGAAGUUGCUAGAAUGACGAACGAGGAGAAGAAAGAGCUCUACAAGAAAGCACAGGAUAAGGCGAGAAGGACGAUUAGGACAGCGACUACACUCAUCACUUUGAAAUUGCAUGAGGCUCCAGGAUAUAUACCUGUUCGUGUAGUGAGGAAGGGCGAGGAGAGAUUUGUUCAUAUUAUUGAGUAACUAGAACUAUGAUACCAAGUUUCAAGAUACCGGAUACUCAUCCCAUGGACGGAAAAAUGCUUCUCUUCUCGUACGAGGGUUUUCGACUGUCUCCGCCGCUUCUGGGAAUGCUGUAAAAAGAAGUGGCUGGUUGGCUUCGAAGUCGAGGGCGAUCAUCAGAAACAUAUGAAAUAACCGCCAAUCAAAACAUAUAGCAACAUGCCUUGCCUC